AUGGAAACUCUGGAUGCUGAUAGUAGGGAAAGCAUCGAUUUACCCUCGAUCAACCACAUGGAUGCCGGCAGAGUCAAGCGCAAAGAGGUGGAGUAUCAGAGAAAACACUCCGCUGCCAUGCCCAACCCGUUGCACCUUUACGCGAGCCCGCCGCAUCUGCACAGCAAUCGCCAAUUUUCAGUCGCCAGCGCAGUACCCGGCUCGCUUGGAGGCUUGCUGUCUCCUCCCGAAUCACGUAGGACAUCUAGCGAUGAGAAGAAAUCGCAGCGACCAACGGCCCGGCACUACGGUGCCUCCGCCCUCAUCUAUAUGGUCAGCUCCUCAGCAUUAUCUCUCUUCAUCCGCUGCUACUUUACUGACCGAACAACGGGCACGGUACUAUCCAUCCGAUCUUCAACAUACCAGUCAAGGAUCUUCCAAUCCUUUAUUACACCCACAAAGUUCAAUCCUCAGCGCGCCAGCAUCGAAAGCAAGCCCACCGUCACCACAUCCUCCGACCCAAGCGGAUUCUUUGCCUCAUCCACCCUUCUCGGAACCACAGCCGCCGUAUUCGACCCCUCAACACAGCCCGAAGCUACCAGCCCUUCAUCCACUCAAGACUACGCGAUCCCCGUCAAUGAGCGCCGCUCGCACUAA